AUGGCGCGGUGGUUGUCAUUCUUUGCGGAAUACAACUUUACGGUCGAGUACAAACCAGGACGACUUAAUGUCGUCGCUGAUGCACUCUCACGUCGUCCCGACUUUGAAGCAGUCGCGAAACCCGACAGUGAGACAGUCACUGUUGCGGUUAUGACGUCCUCAGUCCCAUCUACAACGUUGUAUGAUGAUGUGAGGCGGGCAUACGCCCAAGAUGCCGUUACUGGUGACACACCACGUGUUGUCAUUCCAGAUGAUACUGAUCUGCAUUUGCGGAUCAUGUUCGAGUAUCACGAUGCUCCUAUAGGAGGACAUCGUGGCCGAGAGAAAACAUAUCUCACGGUAAGUCGAGACUUUUACUGGCCCCGCCAGUAUCAGUUUGUGCGAAAGUAUGUUCGCGCAUGCGAAGUCUGUCAACGAGUGAAGUCAAGUCCUUCACUGCGUGCACCUUUACAGCCUCUACCGGUUCCGGCUGAGUGCUGGGAAUCCAUCUCAGUGGAUUUCGUCUUCGGGUUACCCAAAGACGCACGCGGGAAUACGGGUAUUCUCGUAUUUGUUGACAGAUUCAGCAAAAUGGUACACCUUGUGGCUGUACCAGAGACAAUCACGGCAAGUGGCUGUGCUUGUGUCUUUAUUGACACCAUCUUCCGACUUCAUGGGUUGCCCCGUGAACUCGUAUCAGACAGAGAUCCACGAUUCACUGCUGAUUUCUGGCGUUCCGUGUUCAAAUCACUCGGAACGCGCUUGAAGAUGUCAACAUCUGAUCAUCCAGAGUCAGAUGGUCAGACGGAACGUGCCAACCGUGUCCUUGAAGAAAUACUUCGAGGAUACGUACACUCCUUUAAGAGUUGGAGUGAGUUUUUGCCAAUGGUAGAGUUUGCCAUCAACAACUCGGUGCAUGCGUCCACGACACAUACACCGUUUUACGUGAAUGGCUUGCGCCAUCCGCGUGUACCCACCUUACUAGAGUGUAACUCUGGUUUAAGGGGGGGAGGGACUCGCGCGAGCAAAAACCGAUUUGGUUCACGCUCAUCACGCUCUGACGAAGAAGUCAUUGCGUUUGAUGCCGAUAUCGAUAACAUCGAUAUCAAAGAAGAUGAUGCCAGUGAGAGUGCGGAAGCCCUCACUGAAGAAGAUGAUCCCAGUGAGAGUGCGGAAGCCCUCACUGAAGAAAAGGUUGAUGUUGCUGCAGUGCGCUCACAGCACACUGAAGCUAACGAGUCAUCAGAUGAGUUCAUACUGGCUCGUGAAACGGUAGUCCGUUUUGUGCAAGAUCCCAUCGCCGAAGCGGUGACUUAG